AUCACGCUCAAUGUGGAAAGAGCACAAAUAGACCUGGCACACACCAAACAAUCCACACAAAGUGUUUUGUUCGUCUUGUUGACAUUGUUAGAGGAUCUACAUGCUGGUACAACCCUUUACUCCUUCCAUACCGGAGGCCAAAAGCAAAGAAAUGAAGGUUGCGCUGGGUCUGGCUGUGCUGGCAUCAGUGGGCCUGCUUAUCAGCGGUGCCUCGGAGGACAGAAACGCCUCAGAGGAUGCUUUAAAAGAGCUGUCCAGGGCCGGCAAGAAGGUGGUGGGCGAGGAGGUGAAGCGGGCCUUGUACGGCGUGGGGCAGAUGAGGGAGGUGAUGUGGAGGAACGAGCGCAAGCACGAGCACCUCAUCAAGUCUCUAUUGCACAGCGGCGAGAAGAAAAAGGAAGCGGUGCAACUGGCUCAGGACGUGACGGAGAAGCUGCGGGAGGCCGAGGAGGAGUGCAGGGUCUCCUUACAGUCGGAGCGGGACGAGUGCAGACCCUGUUUGGAGGACGUGUGUAAAACCUUCUUCACCAACACCUGCCGCAGAGGCUUUGCUGGCUUUCAGACCAAAGUUGAGAACUUCUUCCGCCGCGUAUCAAGACGCUUCAGCUUCAGCGACCCGGCCGUGGAAGCGGACGACGUCCUGGUAAACCAGGACCCGGAUAUCCCAGACCCAGAGGUGGUCCGCAUCCAGGAUGCCUUCGCUCGCCUGACCCGCAGGGUGGGAACGCUGGUGAAUAGCAGCGCGGCCCUGGCCUCCAGAAUGAGCGACGGGCUGGACCAGGCUGUCCGCAGGGCUCUCCUGAGUGGGCCGCCGGUGCCGGGGGCCACCCUGGACCCAGACGACCCGGCUCACGACUCGGGUUUCCUCCAGGGUGUGGGCCUGGAGGAGGUGCUGGACUCCUUCUUCGACUUUGGCCACAGCGUGGUGGAGGAGUUUGGGGCAGUGGUGACGCAGGCGUUUGUUGGCCUCAACGAAGCGCAUGCGGAGGACAAGAAGAGAGAGAAAAUGUUCCCACGCCUCCUGCAUAACAGGAAGUUGUGCCGAGACCUGCGCAAGCAUUCAUCAGAGUGCUGGCAGCUGCAGAACCAGUGCGAGGCCUGCCAGGGGGCCUUGCUGACCGAGUGUCCCAGCGUGAGGGAGCUGCACGUGGAGCUGGAGCAGGUCUCGCAGCUGCUGGGCAUGUCCCGGGAACAGUACGACGAGGUGCUGUCCAUCGUGCGGCGCCACGCCGACGAGACCCUGGGCUGGCUGGGCAACAUGGCCGCGGAGUUCGGCUGGGUGGCGCGGGCCGGCACUCAAGACAUCUUCCGCAUCACCAGGGUGGUGCCAAAGAGCCAAGACCGGAACCUGUCAGCGGUGGACACCCAAGUGGAGGUGAACAUCCUCAACUCUCCCCCUUUCGUCUUCUCCGUGCCGGGAGAGCUGGAACUGCAGGACCCGGCCUUCAUCCAGUAUGUGGCCCAGGAGGCCCUGGACAAGUAUAAGGAGACGAUCAGGUACAACGAGGAGGAUGAGUGAGCAGCCAUUCACAGAGCUCCGUAGUUGCAGAAUUGAAAUACUUUACCUGUUGACAGAUAGUCAAACACAAUAUGCAGUUUCCACAAUAUCCAAAUGUUACAUUUUGAUGUUCACAACAGAAACUUCCAAGAUUGCAGCACAGCAAACUCAAUUCAACUUUUCAAGUAAAACUUUUAUUUUUUUUCCCUGUACAAAAAUUCUAUUAGUUACCAUUAUUCCCCACUCAAUCUCGAGUUCAACUCCUAAAUUUGGGAACAAUCACAUAUUAGGUUCUCCACAGCCAAACACACAAUGAAAUUCAAUUCAAAACAAUAAAAAGUUCACAUCUUUGUCUGAACGGCUAUUUUCCCCAUCAUGCACCACUGGACAGACAGCUAUAAGGAUCGCUAGAGGAAAAUAAAGGUUUGAAAAUAACAACUUGGUGUUGUCAUUCUGUGGUAUUAACACUAACAAAAUCGUAGUAAGCAUAACAGUGUAAUCAAGUUAGUGACAAUUUUUGUGCGAAACUGGCUGACAAUUAUACAUUUUAGUCACUGAUUAAUUUAAAUUUUUCUUUAAGCUUAGGUCUACAUGUGUGCCAACAUGAUAAAUAAAUCAGAAUUGUGCGAUCCUAUGGCACAAAGUGUCUUGGAAAUGGUAGUAUAUGUUUAACUUGGUCAAAAACUGACUGAAAUAUUGAUUCCUGGUCACAGGAAAUGCCCAGCUCAACUUAAAAAAAAAUAA